AUGCUUACCCUUCUCCUCGCCCUCCUCUCGGCCCUGGCCCUCCGGACAGCGUCCGCAGCCAGCGUCGUCGCCCACUUCAUGCUCCAGAACUCGUACGCCUACGACCAGGCCCAAUGGACGACGGACAUGACCACCGCCAAGGACAUGGGCAUCGACGGCUUCGCCCUCAACUGGAUCCCUCCCAACUGCGCGGGCGACGAGAGCUGGGUCGUCGACCGCAUCGACGACGCCUUCCAGGCCGCCGAGAGCGUCGGCUUCAAGCUCAUGUACUCCUUUGACAUGAGCUACUCCGUAUGCGAUGUCUACUGGAACCAGACCUUCAUGCAACAGAUGAUCACCAAGUACGCCGGCAGCUCGGCCACAUACCGCUGGAACAGCAACAUCCUCGUCUCGACCUACGGUGGUGACAUGGUGGACCAAUAUGGUGACGAAUUCUUCGCCGGUCUCAAGGCCAACAUGAAGUACUGGAAUAACGCCAUCACUCUCGCGCCCGCCCUGACCAAAUACUCCAUGGCCGGACAGUCCAGUCCGGCUGCAGCAGCUUCUCAGCUGAUCUCGGACUACUCCUCGAUCGAUGGAUACCUCAACUGGCAGGCCUGGCCACUCAAUGUGGAGCAGAACAUCACCGCCUCGCCCGACAAGGCGUUCCAGUCUGCGCUGAAGAAUGCAGGCCGGACGGGGCCUUACAUCAUGUGUAAGUUGUCCUGCAAGGGAUCUCUCCAAAGAAAGUGAACAAGUGGCUGACACUAGCGGCAGCCAUGUCGCCAUGGCAAUACAAGGACAUGGACGACGGCAACCCUCUCAACUCCUGGGUGGCGUACAGCGAUAUGCUCUUCCCCACGCGCUUCGAGUCCAUCACCAACGACGAUGAAAUGCAGCCUGACAUCAUCGAGAUCUUGACCUGGAACGAUUUCUGCGAGUCUCACUACAUCCGCGAUCUCCCGUCUCAGGACGAGACGGCGAGUGACUUCGUAGAGCUAGGCAACAUGGGCAACUACGUCUACGGUCAGGACCACUCUGCAUGGCGCAUCAUGGCUCAGUACUACAUCUCGUACUGGAAGAACGGCACUCCACCCGCCAUCACGGAGGACCAGGUCAUCUUCUGGCACCGCAUCCACCCCAAGGCCACCGUCUGCACAGGAGGCGCCUCCACCACGAUCCGCAACAACGACCUGCCCGAAGACGCCGUCUUCGCCUGGGCACUCGUCUCCGAAGCCUCCACCAUCUCCAUGUCGGUCGGCACCAACCAAUUCUGGACCUUCGACGCCAACAACAGCGGUCCUGCCAUGGGCUACGUGCCUUUCCCGGAGUACGUGUCCGCCACGGGAGUCACGCCCGAAGUCGCCAUCGUGCGAGGCGGCGCGAACAUUGCGUUGGGCAACAGCUCGGUCGCCAUCUCCACCGACUGCGCGUGGCAGAACUUCAACCCGGUGGUCAACCUGGUCAGCAGCAACAGCAGCAGUAGCUAG